UUCUUGAUUUUCACCUGAUAAUUAAUUUCAUGUCCCUAGGUGGCUACGUAACUCCUCCACUGGGCAGGGACAGGGGCGGACUGACAAAACUCAUGGGGCCCCCGGGCAAUAGGGGAUCAUGGGGCCACUGUGUCCUUGCCCAAACUCAAAAAAGCCUAUGAAAAAGGUACCAGGGGCAUCUCAUGGGGCCCCCUACUGACCCCGGCCCUUGGGCAGUGCCGAGUUUCCAAAUGGUCAGUCCGCCCCUGGGCAGGGAUGU